UGUAGAUCUCUUCAAAGAUGCCCGUUCUUCAUGACUUUUUGCAUCCGUCUAUUCAAACCCUGCAUAUUGCGCUAUCGUGCAUCCAUAUUAAGACUUCCGUCUAGGCCUAGAGCGUCUCUUGCUUCCAUUACGUCAAGCCCUCCGGUAGCACCUGCGUUACAGGACGCAGCCGGCACCCGUCGCUUUCUUCGCAAACUUAACCAUGAGAUCCAAAACGGCGACACUAGGGGGGCUUUGGCCAGUUAUAGGAGAAUUAUUGAAAGCCCCGUGGGCUCUACGAGAGUUACUCCUUACCUGAUUCGCAGACUGCUCGCAUGUGUGCGGAGAACGGAAUCUCGACGCCGUGUUGCGCUGGUCACCCUUCGUUUGACAGCCGACAUGCGACGACUGUCCUUACCGAUGGAUCAGCAGGACUAUAAUCAUCUUAUUCUAGCAUACGUAGAGCUGAGUCACCAGGAGGCCGUUCGUUCAGUUUUGGGUGAAAUGGAAUUGCGGGGAAUUCAACCGAACGUUGUCACGUAUAAUCUCCUGCUUUCUGAUUUUGCUCGAAAGGGGAACAUUGAAGGAUUGAGAAACGGAAUUGCGAGAAUGCGUGAAAUAGGUAUUCAUCCCGACAAAGUCACGUACAACACUAUUCUGGCUGGUUUGGCCGCAAACUUGGAAUCCGGUGCCACUGAAGAGAUCUCUCUGGUAAUGCAGAGGAUGGAAGAAGAUGGAAUAGUUCCGGAUGCCUUGACCUAUAACAUACUGGUAAAAUGCUUUAUACGGGCGGGGCAAACAGACGCAUCGAUGCGCAUGCUUGGCAGAAUGACUGAGGAGGGGAUCACACCUGAUGAAACCACGUACCGGACUAUUAUAGCAGGUUUUUUGCGGAAUGAGGAUGUGGAGCGAGCAGAAACUCACUACCAUGCGAUGGUAAAUGCCGGUCAUAAACCUCCUCUCUGGAUUUAUGAGCGAUUUGUCGAGGCUUCUGCCAAGCAAGGUCAGAAUGAACUAGCGGAGAGAUGGUACAAUGAGCUUCUGCACAAUGGUGGACAACCAACAGCAAAGGUGCUUCUAGCUAUGAUCCGACUAGCUUGCUCGAAAAGGGACCUAGGGAGAGUAAAAAAAUGGUUAAAGCUCUCACAAGAACGUAAAAUCGUUGAAGAUGACCCCGGUAGUUUCUAUCGCGUUGCCAUAACAGAGCUUCUGAAUCGCGAUGCUCUUACUGCGGUACCCGCCAUGCAUCAGCUUAUGAUUGAGCAUGAUUGCAUGGUUGAUUCCACACUGGAGCACGUCUGGCGGGAGAUGACCCGCAACCGGGAAAGCGCAACAAGCGGGCCAGCUCUUCUUGAGAGCCAACCAUGUGGAGGCCUUGUGGGUGAACUUAUUCCAACUGGAAAAUCACAGGAUACAUAUGAUAUUUCCCCGAAGAAACUGAAAGAGAGCGUGCAGGACCCUGUGGUUGUGACGACCCUGAGUCCUGCCCCCACAAUGUUGACGGAUAUAUUGAUCGCCAACCGGCGUAUAUCGGCCCUUGCAAAGUCACCCACCACAUUUCCUCAAGCACUCCGCCUGUUCAAUUCCCUUCCGACGCUUGCUUUAGCCCCGGUUGCCGCUACGUAUAGUCCCAUUCUCGGCGCUUACGCACGAAUGGCCGAUAUUCAUGGAUUACAGGAGGUGUGGGAUAGAAUGCGUAGCAGUGGCAUUAAACCGGAUGUGGCAUGCUACAAUGCGCUGAUACAAGGCUAUAUGCGGGCUGGGCUCGUCUCGGAAGCUAUUGAUACACUUCAUAUCAUGGACUCGGCCGGCUUAAGCCCAACAGCUAUCACGUUGCGCCUGAGAGUGGAAGUUGCGCUUGCCGGUAAACAAUUUGAUGAAGUUGUUGAUCUUGUCGCUGCGAUAUGUCGGGACGAAGUAACAGACGCAUUCAAAGCGAUAGACGUUGCUGUGGAUGGCCUCUGUCGGGAUAUGCGCUUCACGGAUGCAGCUCGUUGCUGGCUAGCUGCCCAUGAAGUCUCCCUCCGUGCGAAGGAAUCUUUUGGAGCACGAAGAUUGAUUAAAUAUCCGACAACGGCUGGGCUGGUCGCAGGUCUUCUCGGUUGCGGAGACUUGAUGUCAGCGCUCAAGAUAUACAGGACAUCGGUGUUGGAGGGUAUGUCAUUCCAGGAGGAUAUAGUAGUACAAAUGGCAAAAGGUCUGAACCAAAUCAGCGACAAAAUUGCGGACUUUGAAUGGGUAUUAGAUGAUGCCGUGUCGAAGAGGAUAACGCCAGAGCAUGCCGCGUGGCGCUUUGUAUUCAACAUCUUGAGAGAAUUUGAUGGCACUCUGGGAUCAAAAUUAGUUGGGAAGGUUAUUGGACAAGCGCCGCGUCUACCGACUGCCGAAGGAGCUGCAAAGUUGUUGAUGUAUGCUUAUGCAAGGAGGGAUGCCGUGUCAUUUUCUAGUUGGUACGAUGUGCUAACAGCACACGGCGUCGUAAUCUCACUCACAGUAUACCAAGCAAUAUUUGGUUCGCAUCAAAUGAAGUGGCCUUUGGGCUUUCUCAAUCGCUGCUUAGACGAUGUGGCUCGCUUUCCAGGCAAAACCGAUGAAACUCAACGUCUUUUGCAGAAAGUAUUUGCAAUUGCUCUCGAAUGCAUGACAUCCGCUCAGGACGGUGCGGGCGUCUGGAAGGCGUACACACACCUCAAGGAGAGGGAUCCGUGUAUACCCAUUGCCCAACGCGGCCGUGUGAUUAGCGCACUUUGUUCUGCGGGGAUGCAGAUGGAAGCUGAACAGGUUCUUUUGGAUGCGGGUGAUAAAGUAGAUGCCGGCAUGUACGAGAGCCUUGCCAUUCUGUAUGCACGCCAGGGAUUGCCCGAAAAAGCAGAGUCAGCAUGUUUCAGAAUAAUCGAGCUCGGACGUGCGAAUUGUUACACCGCAAUGUCGCGAGCAAUUAUUGAAGCUAUCAAGUUUGGCCAUAUGGAGACUGGGUUCUUGUUGCUCGAUAGAACAAUGAAGAUGGGCAUAGAAUUAUCGGAAUCAUUUUACGUCGAUUUAAUGACUGAACUGGCUAAACGCGGCGAAUUUGCGUCUGUCCUUGAUCUGGUGUGCCGCAUCGUAGCGGCUGGGGUCGUACCCGAUGUCAUUGUGCAAAACUUGGUCGUGAAAGCAUACGUUGAAGCAGGAAAACCUCAGGAUGCUUUGUCGGUCUUGGAUCAGCUGGGAUCCGUUCUUGAAGCCAAUACCAAACCCGAUACGUGGGCAUACAAUGACCUUAUUGCUGGAUUAGGAAAGAAAGGUGAUGUGAAGGGCGCCAAGCUAGCCCUGACGUCCAUGGCAAAAGCGGGGCUGAAGCCAGAUUUGGUUACAUAUACCGCCCUUUUAGCUACUUGUGAAAGUAUUGGGGAUGUUGAAAAGCUGAAGCAGGAGAUGGAGAAAGAGGGUAUCGAUACUGACGUUGUCUGGCGACGAACGGUAGCGCGCACAUACGCAAAGUUGGGCGAGCCUGAGAAAUGCGAGGGCGUAAUUCGCAAAGGCAAUCAGACAAUGGAUACACUCGAUUGGAAUAUCAUUUUGGCCGGUUGGAAAGAAGUCGGUGAAUAUUGGCGGUGCUGUCAAAAGUAUGAAGAGAUGGAGGUGGAAGGGAAAACGACGCCUGAUGCGGUGACCUUCAAUACCCUAUUAUCAUCUUCCCUGAAAUCGCAACAGGUUCCAUUUCCGGAUCGUGAGGUCGAUCGUUGGAUGGCCAGUUUUUCUUCCCACAAAUUAACCCCCACCGCGCAUACCCAUAACCUCUUAAUCGAACAUGCCGCCAUGGCUGGUGAUGCCAAACUGGCACAGAAGCGAUGGAAGAACAUGUUAGCAGUGGGCUUGAAGCCUACAGAAGCAACAUUCAUCAACCUGAUUGCGGCGUUUGGAAAGGCAGACGAUGAACCUGCCUUGAUGCAAGUGUUGAACGAAACUUUGCGUUCGAGCGAUCUCAGACCCUCUAUGCUGUUUCAUCACUCGGUCAUGAAAGUUUUUGCGUCAAGCGGAAAAGUGGAUCAGGCGCGAAAGUGGAUGGACCGUAUGACAGUCGACGGCAUGGAUCCAGACCAAGUGACAUGGCGACAUCUUGUAGCCGCUUAUAUUACCGCUGAUGAUCUAAGUGGCGCCGAAAAGGCCAUGAUUGAAGCCACGCUAUCUGUGAAAAAAAACAGACCAUCACAGUCUUUGAAGCGGCCCAUGUCUCGGGCAUCAACAGCAAUCUCGCCAUUGAUGGCUCGCUUGCCAAAUUCUCCAGAUACGCAACUCCUUCAUAUGCUGGCUAACGCUCACUGCAUGAAAGGCAACCAUCUUGCGGCAAUGUCGUUCCUCUCCCGAAUCGCUGCCCCAAAAGUGGAUGAUGUGACAGUGGGCACAGCAAUGAAGAUAUGCCUAAAAGCGGAAUGGGUCGAGGAAGCGGGUAUCUUGUGGGAUUGGGCUACAAAGGGUACAGAGUGGGUCGGGCCCAAAGUGGGCUUUCUCACACGACGACCACGGACAAGGAGCGCAGACGAACUUGUUAAUGAAGCGACUGUAUGUUGCUUCAUUGAUCUCGCGGGCAAUGUCGCUGGUAAAGGGAAAUGGAGCGGAGAUAGGGCGUUGGGUGUAGUUAAUGUUCGGAAUGUGUGGAAGGAGGUUUUGAGCAUGCGGGACACCCAAGGGGAGCGGAACGCAGUGGAGGGUGAAGCAUCAACACUAGAGUCCACGCCUGUAGAAAACUCUAGCGAAAAGUCAGCAUUGCAACCUUGGCGAUGGAAGCAUUGGCCUACAGAAAACAUGUGCAAUUCCUACAUAGAAGCUUUGAUGCGCUGUGGUGAUUUAUUCGGUAGCGUCAAAGUGUUUACCCUCAUGGACAGGCAGGGGUACCCGGCACGACCAACACCAAAGACGAUACGAACGAUCAUGGAGAAGCUUAUGAAAGCCAAUGCUCCCCAUUUGGUUUCAAAAGUGCAAACUACUGUGAAAACCAGGUGGCCGGAUUUGGAACCCGUGGUGAACGAGUUGCUUGAGCGUGGCAAGCGGUAGAGAAGUGACGGUAUUUAACUUGGUGCGCCCACCUGUAAAUAGUAUUCUUAACAUUCAUUUCUCAGCAUAAAAAAAUCUUGUAUAUCGCAAAACAGAUAUAAUAUGAUAGGGUACAGGCAAUUUCAAUACUGCAGACAAAUGUAUUCUUCUGCCUACGUUUGACAGUUGAAAUGAAUGAAC